GGUGAGUGUUUUGAAAUGCUUGAUACAUUUUGUUCAUAUGAAAUUUUGUAUGUAAGAUGGCAUUGUUCUUUUGUAUGCAGGCUGCAUAUGGUGAGGCGAUGUCUAGUCAGCAUGGAUCGGACUAUGACUGGAGGACCGCACCUAUUGAUCCUCAGGUUGUGUAUGCGAGUGGUGGAAAACCCCAUGGAAGGUACUCGAUGUUCGAUAACGUCAUCGACUCGAGCCAGGUGACGGUUCAGAGGGGAGGUUCGUCGAGGUCUGCUGCUCGUAGCUCCCGUCGCUCUACUCAGGAUACUGCAGAAGUUGAGCGACUACGAGAAGAGCUUAGGCAACAUCAGGAGCGGCAAAGGGUUCAGGAGGAAUACUUGAGGCAACAUGCUGCGCAACAAGAAUACUAUGCUACUCAGUUUCAACAACAGCAAACACUGAUACAAUUAUGUAUUGAUUUAAAACACUGGCAUUAA